AGAAUGGACCUUGACAUUGAUGAAAGAAAUCUUUUCAAUGGUACAAAGUUUGCAAGUUGACAUAUUGGCUGAUUUGCACUUAUACUUAUGCAAAAAUGAAAAUUCUUGGCUUUGAUUUUGCUCCAUUAAAUAUUCCGUUGUCUAGACGUUUAGAGACCUUCUCUGUUUUCUUUUUUACUUGUUGUUUCUUGUUUUUCGGUUUUGGUUGCUUUUUCUUCAGUCUAUAUGUGCUAUUAUUUACCCAAUAUUAUUAUCUCCCCUUAGCAUAUUUUGCUUAUUAUUUAUACGAUCGUGAAACACCAGCAAGAGGAGGUCGAAGACUUCAAUGCUUCAGACAGUGGAAACUAUGGAAGUAUUACGCUAACUUUUUCCCAUUAAAAUUAAUAAAAACUGUGGACCUAGAUCCGAAAAAGAACUACAUAUUUGGUUGUCAUCCACAUGGAAUAUUGUGUUAUAGCCAUUUUGGAAAUUUCUGUACAGAAGGAUCCGGUUUCAGUGAGCUGUUUCCAGGCUUGACGUCAUAUUUAACAGUUUUAAGUGGACAAUUCAUGUUUCCCGUUUUUCGAGAUUGUUUCAUGCUAACAGGGGCUGUGGAAGUAUCAAAGGAGAGUAUAAGUUAUUUACUCUCUAAAGAAACGGGAGGAAAUGCUGUGUGUGUUAUUUUAGGUGGAGCAAGUGAAGCAUUGGAUGCUAAUCCAGGAAAUUUCACUGUGCGAGCCACAAAACGAAAGGGUUUCUGUCGACUUGCUUUGAAAUAUGGUGCUAGUCUUGUACCAGUAUAUAGUUUUGGAGAAAACAACCUGUUUGUUCAGGUGACAAAUCCUGAUGGUUCCAGGUUACGAAAAUUUCAGGAUUUCUGUACAAAGCGGUUGGGGUUCUCUCCCCCUAUAUUUCAUGGGCGGGGUAUCUUUAAUUAUAAUUUUGGACUGAUACCAUACAGACAUCCUGUUAAUAGUGUUGUUGGUGCACCUAUUAAUAUAGAGAAGAAUGAGAAACCAACAAUGGAAGAAGUUGAUGAUCUUCAUGACAGAUAUUUAAAAGCUCUUACUGAACUAUUUGAAAAAUAUAAAGUUAAAUAUGGUGUUAGUGAAAAUGAUCAUUUAGUUUUUAAGGAUUGAUAUUGACCAUGCUACUUUUUAUGCGCCUACAUUUUCAUAUUCAGAUCAUGCGUACAAAUUGACAAAUCAAAUUAUAUGUAGAGAUAUUCUUGCCAUGUGGCUAGGUGGGAUUUGAAACCCAAAGUAGGCAAAAAUAAUGGCCUCCAUGUAAACAAAUCGAUUUUUGUUCUUUAGUAUAUAACAACAAUUAUUUAUGUAGAGAUUACAUCCCUUUGAUAGAAAGUUAGUAAGAUUAUGAUGUAGUGUAAUAUCAGUAAAAACAGAUCAAAUUUUUGAAUUAGGCUAAUUUUAAUUAGAGUGGAAAAUUAAAAGUUGAAGGUUCUAUAUGAAAAACUAAUAAAUGUUAAUUUUACCAUCAAAUGGAUAAAAAUGCAUUUUUAUGGUUUCUACUAUAAUUGUUGGCAAAUAUAAACAAAAUAAA